AUGAAGAUUGCCGUCAUUGGCCAAAGUCUGUUUGGCCAGGAAGUUUACUGCCACCUGAAGAAGGAAGGCUAUGAGGUGGUGGGUGUGUUCACUAUCCCAGACAAGGAUGGGAAGGCAGACCCUCUAGGCCUGGAAGCUGAGAAGGACGGAGUGCCGGUGUUCAAAUUUCCCCGCUGGCGACUGCGAGGGCAGGCUCUGCCGGAGGUGGUGACCCAGUACCAGGCUUUGGGGGCUGAACUCAAUGUCCUGCCCUUCUGCAGCCAGUUCAUCCCCAUGGAGGUCAUCAAUGCCCCCCGACAUGGCUCCAUCAUCUACCAUCCAUCUUUGCUUCCCAGACACCGAGGGGCCUCAGCCAUCAACUGGACCCUCAUCCAUGGCGACAAGAAAGGAGGCUUCACCAUUUUCUGGGCAGAUGAUGGUCUGGACACAGGUGACAUUCUGCUCCAGAAGGAGUGUGAAGUCCUCCAGGAUGACACCGUGAGCACUUUAUACAACCGCUUCCUCUUCCCUGAAGGCAUCAAGGGGAUGGUUCAAGCUGUGAGGCUGAUUGCUGAGGGGAGAGCUCCUAGACUCCCUCAACCUGAGGAAGGGGCCACCUAUGAGGGGAUUCAGAAGAAGGAAAUGGCUAAGAUCAAUUGGGACCAACCAGCUGAAACCAUUCAUAACUGGAUCCGUGGGAACGACAAGGUGCCUGGAGCCUGGACUGAGGCCUGUGGACAGAAGCUGACAUUUUUCAACUCGACGCUGAACACUUCAGGCCUGAUGCCUGAGGGUGAAGCUUUGCCCAUCCCAGGAGCCCACCAGCCAGGAGUGGUCACCAAAGCAGGACUUGUCCUCUUUGGGAAUGAUAACAAGAUGCUGCUGGUGAAGAAUAUCCAGUUGGAGGAUGGCAAGAUGAUCCCAGCCUCACACUUCUUCCAGGGAGCAGCUGGAGAUGCCCUUGAGCUGACAGAGGAAGAGCUGGUCACUGCAGAGGCCAUGAGGAGUGUCUGGCAGAGAAUCCUCCCUAAUGUCUUGAAGGUUGAGGACUCCACUGAUUUCUUCAAGUCAGGGGCUGCAUCAGUAGAUGUUGUAAGACUGGUGGAGGAAGUUAAGGAACUGUGUGAUGGCCUGGAGUUAGAAAAUGAAGAUGUUUACAUGGCAACCACCUUUGGGGACUUCGUUCAGUUGUUAGUGAGAAAGUUGCGAGGGGAAGAUGAACACAGUGAUCAAGUUAUUGACUAUGUGGAAAAGUCAGUAAAUAAGCUGACCCUCCGAAUGCCCCACCAGCUCUUCAUUGGGGGGAAGUUUGUGGAUGCCGAGGGUGCUAAGACCUAUGACACUAUCAAUCCUGCCGAUGGAAGUGUCAUCUGCCAGGUAUCCUUGGCCCAGCUCACUGAUGUUGACAAAGCAGUGGCUGCUGCAAAGGACGCCUUUGAGAAUGGCUUGUGGGGAAAGAUCAAUGCACGAGAUCGGGGACGGCUUCUGUACAGGUUGGCAGAUCUAAUGGAGCAGCACCAGGAGGAGCUGGCCACCAUCGAGGCUCUGGACGCAGGUGCUGUCUACACGCUGGCUCUGAAGACUCAUGUGGGCAUGUCCAUCCAGACCUUCCAAUACUUUGCUGGCUGGUGUGACAAGAUCCAGGGUUCCACUAUCCCCAUCAACCAGGCCAGACCCAACCGCAACCUGACUUUCACUAGAAAGGAGCCGAUUGGGGUCUGUGGUAUUGUCAUCCCCUGGAACUAUCCCCUAAUGAUGCUUUCCUGGAAGACUGCUGCCUGCCUGGCUGCCGGGAACACCGUGGUGAUCAAGCCAGCCCAGGAGAGCACACUGGUUGGCCAGAGACUCUCAGACCAUCCUGAUGUGAGGAAAAUUGGGUUUACAGGCUCCACAGAGGUGGGAAAGCACAUCAUGAAAAGCUGUGCCCUGAGUAACGUCAAGAAAGUCUCCUUGGAGCUGGGUGGGAAAUCACCUCUCAUUAUCUUUGCUGACUGUGACCUGAACAAGGCUGUGCAGAUGGGGAUGAGCUCAGUGUUCUUCAACAAAGGAGAGAAUUGCAUUGCAGCUGGUCGGCUCUUCGUAGAGGACUCCAUUCAUGACCAGUUUGUGCAGAAAGUGGUAGAAGAGGUGAGGAAGAUGAAGAUUGGGAACCCGUUAGACCGGGACACCAACCAUGGACCUCAGAACCACGAAGCUCACCUCAAGAAGCUGCUUGAGUACUGCCAACGUGGUGUGAAGGAAGGGGCCACACUGGUCUGUGGCGGGAGUCAAGUCCCUCGGCCAGGCUUCUUCUUCGAGCCCACUGUGCUGACCAAUGUGAAGGAUGACAUGUUCAUAGCCAAGGAGGAAUCCUUUGGACCCAUCAUGAUCAUCUCCCGGUUUGCCGAUGGUGACGUGGAUGCUGUGUUGUCUCGUGCCAAUGCUACAGAGUUUGGCCUGGCCUCUGGCGUUUUCACCAGGGAUAUCAACAAGGCCUUAUAUGUCAGUGACAAACUCCAGGCCGGCACAGUGUUCAUCAACACGUACAACAAGACAGAUGUGGCCGCUCCCUUUGGGGGUUUCAAGCAGUCUGGAUUCGGCAAGGACUUAGGAGAGGCGGCCCUCAAUGAAUACUUGAGAAUCAAGACAAUCACCUUUGAGUACUGA